AUGGAAUCGAUCUCCAGAAUAUCGUCCAUGCUGGAGAAUGCACGAGAUCUCACCAUAGAGGCAGCUCAGUCAGCCAAUGCUGGCCGAAGCUCCAAGUCUGGCCCUUCAAGCCGUAGUAUACCGUUCGCUCAACUCCAGAGGCUUCUUGAUAGUCGCAAUGACCGCGAUAUCCUGGAGGGAUUGCGGAAGGUGGUUUCGAUGAUCUAUCAGGGCAAGCCAUGUCUUCCAUACUUCUCGUCUGUGGUCAAGAACGUGGCCAAUCCGAACAUCGAGGUGAAGAAGCUCGUCUACAUCUACCUCCUCCACUACGCCGAGUCAGACCCGGAUCUGGCUUUGCUAUCCGUCAAUGCCAUCCAGAAGUCGCUCACCGACCAGAACCCCCAAGUACGAGCCAUGGCGUUACGCACGAUGUCGGGUAUGCGAGUCCCAGUGAUCAGUCAGAUCGUGUCCUUGGCCAUCAAGCGCGGUUGUGCGGACAUGAGUCCCCACGUUCGGAAGGCUUCGGCACUGGCGAUACCGAAAUGCUAUCGACUCGAUCCCAACACCCUGCCACAGCUGCUCGAAUGUCUCUCGAUCCUGCUGGGAGACAAGCAGUAUUUCGUGGUGGGGCCUGCCGUGUCGGCCUUCCUAGAGCUCUGUCCGGACCGGAUUGACCUCAUCCACAAGCACUACAGGGAACUAGUCCGCAAGCUGGUCGACAUGGACGAGUGGAGUCAGCUGGCUACGCUUCAGUUGCUGAUGAAUUAUUCUAGACGUUGCUUCCCUCGCCGCACGAAGCGGGUGACCAAGGUCGAAGGGAAGGGUUUCUACGCAGACGAGCCGGGCGAGGAGGUUGAGACCGGAGAGCAAGCAGUGGUGAUCGACCCCGACCUCGAGCUUCUCCUCAGAGCCUGCAAGCCGCUCUUGCAGAGCAGAAAUUCCGCCGUCAUCAUCAGCGUCGUAAGCUGCUUCCUCUACCUGGGCACCUCUGAAUACCUGAAAGACGCCGUUGGCCCAUUGAUCGCGCUUCUCCGCGCGCCCUCCGACAUCCAGCAGGUAGCACUCUACAACAUCGUGUCUACGGCGCUGAUCUCACCUCGCCUCUUCGUCCCCUACGCCUCCCGCUUCCUCAUCCACUCCACCGACCCCCCCAACGUGUGGCGCCUCAAGCUCGAACUCCUCACCAUCAUCUUCCCCCACUGCGGCCUCCAUCACAAGAGCAUCAUCGUCUCCGAGCUCGAGCACUUCGCCCAGGGCACCUCCCUCGACCUCAUCCGCGAAAGCGUGCGAGCAAUCGGGCGCUGUGCCCAGGCCGACCCACGCACAUCCACCCGCUGCUUCAAAGUGCUGUUGAAGCAGAUCUCCGAGAAUCCAAACAACACCCUCCUCGUCUCCGAGGCCCUGACCGUCAUCCGCCACCUCAUCCAACAAGACCCCACCUCGCACAAGGAAACCGUGAUCCGACUGGCCAAGAACCUGGACAUGACCACCAGUGCCGAGGCACGCGCCAGCAUCAUCUGGCUCGUGGGCGAAUACGCCGCCAUUGAGCCAGAGAACAACAUCGCCCCGGAUGUGCUGAGGAUCCUGGCCUCGGCUUUCGCGGACGAAUCCGAGCCAGCGAAACAGCAGAUCCUACUCCUCGCCGCCAAGGUGUAUCUACACUACCUGAACAACAACAACAAUAGUAAUAACCAGCCAUCCCCCAACCUCGAGCAGGAGCAGGAGCAGGAGCAGGAGCAAGGGCAGGAGCCCGCAUUCAAGUACCACCACCACCUUUUAAUAAACCACCACCACCACCACCACCAACAACAACAACAACAACAACAACAACACCAGCCAUCGCAAAAAGAAAAAGACACCCACCCGAUCCCCCUCCUAUACAACCACAUCCACCUCCUAACCCGCUACACGACACGUCCUUGCGUCGCUCUUACUGCUCGCCCCGAAACCCGUGCCCAGCGCGCCUUCGCCCUCCGAGACGCGGAAGGGCCUGAUGCUGGGCAGCAUGACCCUGGUCAGCCGGAUGCGGGGCUCAGGGAUGUCGAUGUCGAUGUCGACAAGGCCGACAAGGGCGUCACGGGCUGGGGGGCGGGCAAGGGGAAGGUGGCGGCGGGGACGCUGUUGGAUGACGCGUUGAGGAGGGAGAAGGUCGCCGCGGGAGAAGAGUCUGAGGAUGAGGAGGGGGAGACGGAGACGGAGUCGGAGACGGAUUCGGAGUCGGAGUCCGCUGAGGAGAAAGAUGAUGAUGACGAGGAUGAUGAUGGGGAAGAUGGUAGCACGGAAGGAGAAAGUGGGGACGACGAAGGAGGCGGAGACGGUAGACAAGAAGACGAGCAGCAGCAGAAAAAGAAGGACGACGACGAGGAGGGGGGGGAGAGCGAGGAGAGAAAACAGCUUGUUUCGUAG